CCAAGAUAGCCCUGUAGCAGAAGCUAAAAGAAUUUUUUUUUUAAAUUUUUUUUCGAACAAACAAACUCUAAUUCAGAAUGGGUGUCUUCAAAACAUUCUAAAAAUGCAUAUAACGCAUCCAUAAUUAACCAAGUGAGUCCCAGGAAAUAUCGAGAUAAUUGAGGUUAAACUCGAAUUUUCCCUCGUUCCCUCUAAUUCAUUUCUGCAACUGAUUUGCUGUGACUAGAAUCGUUUGUGCAAACAGGAAAUAAACUGAACACACUUGAGCCAAAUGGAUCCUCGAAAAGCAUACUCAGAAGAUCCCAGAAUACCCUGUCAUUAUGGGCGAAAAUGUUACCAGAAAAACCCCAAUCAUCAUACCAAAUAUAAGCACCCACCUGACCCUAAAAGAAAGAAACAUUUCAUUCAUGACGAUGUUAAGAGGAAGAAGUUGACCGAUACUGUUGCUGACAAUAAAACUACAAUUGACCAGAAACAGAUUGACAACGAUGAGAAUAGUACGAAAGUUUUAUCUGAAACCAGUGAGGAAUCUCCAAAGAAGAAGGAAGUGCUUAUUAAUAAUAACGUAUCAGAUAGUGAGUCAGAAAGUGAAUCCAAAGACACGUCUCCAAUUAGCAAUGCCGACCAAGAAAGUAUACCGAGUUCACUUGAUGUGGAAGAUGAACAAAAACCUGAGGCAAUACCAUGCAGUCAUGAAAAUGGACACAACAAUGAAUAUAGCCGGAAUUACAUCAAGUCGAAAUUCUUAUUAGAAAUGCCUAAGGAUUUCUAUGAAUUUUUCAGUGUAUGUGAACGCCUCAAUCCGAAGGACCCUUCGAAGGCCUUGGAAAGUAUAGGUUUGAAACUUGUAGGCCCUUUCGAUGUGCUGUGUGGGAAGUUUUGCGGUAUCAAGAAGAAAAGUGAGGAUUAUUUGAUACAUUGGAGGUAUUAUUUCGAUCCUCCGAAUUUUGUAACCGUCCUUAAAGGUGAUGAUAAGACCGGGUACCACAUUGGGUAUUUUUGGGAUAACCCCAGUGAAAAUCCAGUUUUCCUGGCUGAAAAUUGCGGAUUGAAAGAUGGUAUUCUGACACCUAUUGGAGGUAAUAUAUUUGGGGCCGUAAGUUCAUACAUCGAGGAUAAAAAAAAGACCUGCGAUCCAUUCACUAAGAUGAAGUUUAAUAAGAUUCAAAACGAAAUGAAGGAAGGGGAGAAAUUAGGUUACGAUUUAUCGAGAAAAACGAAAGAGAUGGGAAAGAGGAACAACAAAGUGCUCUCCAGGACUUUCAAUAAAAUCGGACUUGUAGUUCCUUAUGAAAGAAAGACACAGUUGGGCUACAGGAAACUGGCAAUGUCCGAUAAAGCUUUGGAAGUUCUUCUGACCAAAAUCGACAAGGCUGGUCCGGAAAAUAAAUCAAAAUUUUUAGGUGAACUUCAAUCGGAGAUUCUAACCUGGACCGACAUAGCUUGUGAUGAGUGUGACUUUGGAACGGGUAUCGAGUUAGGUUGGGAUAUUCUUUGCCAUGGGGUGGACUUGAACCACACCACUGCCAGGUUGCUAGCCAGCAAUUACCGUCAAUUGAAGUGGGAAGAGUUUGCGAAGAUCGCUGAAGCUCAUAUGGGCAACAGAAGGAGAGGGUGUGAUUUGAGUAUUUUAUGAUAUCGACCUUGUUUUAUUGUUUAAAUUAACUGUAAUAAAUUGAAUCUUU